AUGUUCCCGACCCGCAUCUUCACCUCGCCGACGGUCUCGGAGCAGUCUUCGUGGCUCCAGGCGCUCAAGGGCAAGACGGCCGGCGCCGACGUCUUCUCGGCGCUCGCCAAGAAAGCGCCGUCCAAGAAGACGCUGACCAAGCCGUUUGCGCUCUCGAAGGAGUAUGUCACUAAGCGCUGGGGUCGCGGACAGGCGGCGGCGACCCCGCUCCAGCCCACGCGCGUGCAGCCGCUCGUGCAAGAGGUUCCUGGCGUGAGCGCGGCCAUGGCGCUUCGUCAAAAGGCGCUACACGCUGCUGUUGCGUCGGGGGACCUGGUGCUGACAAAGGACGGGUGCGGCGGUGCUUACUUGCUUUGCGACGACGACGAGGCUCCGAUCGCUAUCUUCAAGCCGCGCGACGAAGAGUUCAUGGCGCCCCACAACCCGCGCGGGUAUGUAAGCCACGGUGCAGUGCUCGGCGAAAGCCUGCACCCGACGCGAAAAGGUUUCCGCGUCGGCAAUGGGGCUCUCCGAGAAGUUGCUGCGUUCAUGCUCGACGCUGCGUACGAGCACUUUAGCGGCGUCCCGGUGACGAGCCUCGUCACGGCGCCGAUCGGGACGACGUGGAAGGAAGGCUCGGUGCAAGCGUUUGUACCUUCCGAGUCGUCGGCCGAAGACAUGGGCACGCGCCAGUUUUCGGUCCACGAUGUGCACAAGAUUGCGAUCUUGGACCUCCGCCUCUUCAACACGGAUCGCCACGCCGGCAACAUUCUCUUGCAGUCGACGAACGACAAGACGACCAAGUACAAGAUGGUCCCCAUCGACCACGGCUUGACGCUGCCAUCGUACCAGCACCUCGACGGCGCCACGUUUGACUGGCUCCACUGGCCGCAAGCCAAGUUUCCCUUGAGCGCGGCGGCCAUAGCGCACGUCCAGAGCCUCGACACGACCCGGGACGCCAUCCUCUUACGAUCGCUCGGUCUCCCGGAAGACUGCAUUCUGACGAUGCAGAUCUCGACCAUGCUGCUUCAAAAGGCGGUCGCCGCUGGCUACUCGCUCUACGACAUUGGCAUGCUCGUCCAGCGCGACGGCCUCGGCGACUUGCCGUCGCAGCUUGAAGAUGUGCCACAUGUGGUCUUUACAGGGCGACAACGGGCGCAGUCGGAUACAGUGUAG